GAUUUCAAUCAUCACCCCCAUGAAACUAACAAGUUUGCGUGUCCCAAUAAUGUGGACAUAUGUUAUUAUAUCUUGAAAUUAAAUAUAAAUUCAAUGGGAAAAUCUGCUAUCCAUGUAUGAAUUUCCAUAUAGACAGAGUUCGUAGCGCCACCUGCUACUUCCCGUCACAGUCGCGAAUGUAAACAAACCGAAUUUUUGUGACGCAAAAAUGUUUUACAAGGACAAGAAUAUUAUUAGGCACAUAUAAGCAAAUCGCGCAAUAAUGUUUGCGAAGCCCCAAAGCAAUGUCGUUAGUAAGGUUCCAGGGUAUAUGCAGUCUAAAGGAACACAAAGGCAAAAAGCUAUUAUAUGUGAUAGAGAAAUAAGAUUUCGAACAUCUCUUCAGAAUACUAUAUUAGAUGUUUUACGGGCUAGACAUGGCUGGCAAGAAGCUGAUGGAGAUGGUGAAUGGGAUUUCUUUUGGUGUGACAGAGAAUGGAUUCAUCAAAAUUAUGAUACCACAUUUUUACAAGAACAUCAGAAAAUUCUACACUUUAGAAAUUAUUAUGAGCUUACUAGGAAGAAUUUAAUGGUGAAAAAUUUAAAGAGAUUUAAAAGACAAACAGAAAAAGAAUUUGGAAAAUUGGAAGCUCAGGGCUUUGAAUUUUACCCAAGUACUUUUGAAUUGCCAUUAGAAUACCAUAUAUUUGUUGAAGAAUUCAAGAAGAAUCCUGGUGCGAUAUGGAUAAUGAAACCAGCAGCUAAAUCCCAGGGACAUGGAAUCUUUCUGUUUCGUAAAUUAAAAGAUAUUACAAAUUGGAGAAAGGGAGAUUAUCAACCAGUAUCAGAUCAGACGCAAAAAGAAGUUCCAGAACUUUAUGUUGUACAGAGAUAUAUAGCAGAUCCUUAUCUUGUUGGUGGACGCAAGUUUGAUUUACGUGUAUAUGUAUUAGUCUUAUCUUUUAAUCCAAUAAAAGCAUGGUUAUAUAGAGAAGGUUUUGCAAGAUUUUCUAAUACAAGAUUUUCUCUAGAUUCUAUUGAUGAUACAUAUGUUCAUUUAACAAAUGUUGCAGUACAAAAAACAGCACCUGAUUAUGAUCCCGAAAAGGGUUGUAAAUGGUCAUUACACAGAUUGCGACAAUUUUUAUUAGCUAAACAUGGAGUUGAAGCAGUACAACAGACAUUUAAAGAAAUAGAUAAUAUAAUAGUUAAAAGUUUACAAUCUGUACAGAAGAUUAUCAUCAAUGAUAAACAUUGUUUUGAGAUGUAUGGUUUUGAUGUUAUAUUAGAUUCUAAACUUAAACCAUGGUUAAUAGAGAUAAAUGCUUCGCCAUCAUUGACAGCUAGUGGUAAAGAAGAUUAUCAACUAAAAUAUGGUUUAUUAUGUGAUGUACUAAAUGUUCUAGAUUUAGAAAACAGAUUAAGUGGACAAGAGAGACGUAUAGGAGGAUUCGAUUUAUUAUGGGAUGAUGGACCAGUUCUGCCAGAUGAUUCUCCAGAUGGACAAGAAGUUAUAACAGUACCUACAACAACUACAUACCUGGGUUGUCACAAUGAUAGAAGAAAACAGCUAAGAGAAUUAUAUCGCAAUAAUCCUGCUAAAACUCAAAACUGAAAUAUAUGUUAUUUAUUUAUAUAUACCAUUCUACAGUAUUUAUUUGUUAUAUAUUUAUUUUGUAUUAUUAAAUUAUAUACAUUAUUUAUCUUCCAGAAUCUCAGUAUUUUAAUAUAAAUUUUUAAAUAUUUUUAUAGACUUGGUAAUAAUUGUAUUGUAAAUUUCCAUGCAUUAAAUUUCUCGACAAGGAUUGUAUAUUUUUGUGAAUUUAGAAUUAAAAUAUAUCAUUUGCUCUGUACACACCAAAGAUUAAAUGCAACUCAUAGCCUGAUUUCUCGUUGCCGGGAAUCUGAUGGGAAAUACACUUAGCUCACUCACACCCUACUUUAGCUAGAAAUCUGUGACAAGAAAUCGAUAUGAAGUGGUCUGACUGUUUUUUCCUAACAUGUUGUGUUUGGUUUUCUAAUACACAAGAAAAAUAUUGUGAAUUUGU